AUGGCUCUUCCACCGAGCUCUCCCCGGCUUCCCAGCCCACCUCCUCCAGCUGAGGAUCAGAUCGGUCCCAAAUCACCCGGUGUCGACCUCCAGGCUAGCCAGAUGGAUCAAAGCAUUGUCGAUACGAAUUCGAAGCGUCGCAUUCACCCUGGCACAAAAGCCGAAGAUAUGGCUGCUGGACCGCCACUGGUGCCAUUGAAUGAGCUUGACUCGGCUUUUCAGCUCCAGGAGCAUCUUGCCGCUCUUCAUUAUCAUCAUACCAAUGCCGGCACGCAACCCAUCACCCGUCAGACUGCCUCGCAGAUCGCAACGCCGCCGCCUGGCAUCGACGAAACACUCUGGCUAUAUGAGCUCUGCCGUUUUCUCAUCAUGCAGUGCAACAAUCUGAUCGUCGGCUUCCUCUUCGAUACUCCGCCGUGCUCACAGGCAACCUGUCCCGAGAUGCGCGCUUCCGAGUGGCAGUUCCUCUGCGCUGUACACGACCAGCCCAAAAGCUGCUGCGCCAUUGAUUACUGUUGCCACACGUUGGACUGGGCUGCGAAUGUCGUGACAAAUCCCAAGAUCUUCCCGAGUCGCUUUACUGUGCUCAAUGAGGGUCAUGAUCGAAACGCCGUCCAGAAGAACCUGGUCAAUGUUUUUAGAAGACUGCACCGCAUUUUUGCGCACGCCUGGUUCCAGCAUCGUGGCGUUUUCUGGAAUAUUGAAUCGCAGUCAGGUCUCUACGUCUUCUUCAAAAGAGUAUGCGAUCUGAAUAAUCUUCUUCCUGCAGAGAACUACAAGCUCCCGCCCGAAGCCGAAGGACUGGAUCCCACACCCUCAGAGAAGGAGGCUUCUCAACCAAAGAUUACGGCAAUUGCCAAACCGCCAGUACGGGACAAUGCAAGCACCGCCCACGAAGAGGAUGAACGUGAGAACAACAGUCUUCAUGCACGCCGAACUAAUACGACCCGGCACUCCAGCAGACCGUCUACCGGUAGUUUCGUGACUACGGUCAUUGAGGAGAGGGAGGACGAGAGCUCAGAUAUCAAUGAAAAGAUGAAAAACAUGCAACUCUCAGCACCCGAGACUGUGGAGGAGGCAUCGGAGGUUGAGGUCCCCGUUAUUGUGGAUGGAGGACUGCUGAAUGGACAGACCUCUGCGCCUCCACCGCAGAUCCAUGCCCCCCGCAUCGAUAUUCAGGAAACGGAAGUCGAAGAGCCAAAUGACAGUGAAUCACAUACCCAAACGAAAACCUCGAUCACCAGCGAGGAUAAUGCUGCGCCUGAGCCUGAAGAGCCAUUAGAAGCUGAAAAGGAGCAAGAAGAAGCUACUUCUGCCGACGGCGAAUCUAGUGAAGCAUCUGUUGAACACGUCAAGGACGUUGCAGCCGAGAACACCGAGGAACAGCCAAAGGCAGAUUCAGACCCCGACCCCACAGAAUCGACUGAAGGUCCAAGCGACCCAACGGAUCACUCCGCUGAGGACAAGUCCUAA